AUGCCCGCACCGCAUCUGGGGCUUGUGUCGGACGACUCGGAGGCGUACCUGCUCUAUAACGCCCAAGCAGACCGCGCCUUCAAGAAAGGCCACGUCGCACCAAGCAACGGACGCCCGAGGAAGCGCCGCGUGUCGACCGAGUAUCGCGACGAGCGCGGGUGUUGGGGGUUUCUGCACUCGACGCUGUUGUUUCGACACUACCAGCACACGCAGAACCAGCACCACGUGUUUGGCGUCAAGUACGAGUCGCCCGUCCUCGUACUCCACCCCGAGAAGAUCAAACUACUGCUCGGUUUUCUGCAGAUUUUCGGUAACUUUUACACCAACUACAAAACCGUGUGGCCGCCAUCGGUCAAAGACGCGAUGCAGGCAUCGUCGCAGUUUAACCUCGACUGGCUCUCGAUGAUUCGCAUCAACUGCCUCUUGUCGACCAACUACUUUGGUAUUUUCCUGCUCACGCUGGCAUCCAUGGCGGUGUUUCUGGGCAUCCUCCGAGUCUUUGACUGGCGCGGCACGUAUCUGUACAAAGCCAAGCUCGACCGCAUUCCUCGCAGCUGUCUGCACUGCGGCUUCCCCGUCCUCGAGUCGCUCUCGCGCGAUGCCUAUGCUACGCUGCAGCAGCAGUUUGGCGACGGCCAGCUCAUUGCUCGUCGUGGUAGCCUCGUCGCACACAAGCAGUGCCACGUUGCAAUCAAGCGCACGAUCGGGACGUCGCAAGCCCACGCCACGGGCCUGCCGGUGUACAUGUCGCACCACCAAGUGUGCCCGCUUUUGCACCGCCUUCAAACGGCGCAGAUGAAGGAGCGUCUGCUUCGAAGCAACUUGCGCGUGUGGCAGGCGCGUGUCAAGCUCCGCUUGAACCUCCAGCUGUACAAGGCCAAGUGCUUCCGGCUUGGCAUUUGGCUUCUUCUUUGCACCUAUCCGAUGGUCGCUCAAAAGGUGCUCUCGAUUUUCCACUGCGAGCGAACGAGCACCGCGUACGUUCUCGUCGUCGAUCGAACGCUGACGUGCUUCUCGUCCGAGUGGUUUCUCUACGCCGGUGUGGCGGGUGUCGGCGUUGCGCUCUGGGUCGUUGGCGUCCCAGUCUUGUUCGGGCUCCUCAUCUACCGCGCCCGCAUACGCCGCGUCGACGACCGCGUACGGGUCCUUCGGCAACCGCACUUUGCCGCCCUUCGCGCCAAGUGGCUUCGCGAGAUGCGCGCCCACCUUGUCCUCGGCCGCAACGAGCGCAAGUACACGCCCAUGUCCAAGUUCCUCGAUGUACAAGACUACUACUUGGGCGUGUACAUGCAGCAGCGCAACCUCCAGGACCCACUCGUGCUCAGUCGCAUUGGCUUUAUCUACAACAACUGUACCGAGAUUCUCUCCCUCAGAAGUGAUUUAAAACGAGUGCAUGUAGACGACGUGCGCUACUGGUACUGCGAAGUCGUCGACUUGGUGCGGCGACUGCUCAUGAGUGUCGGCGUUGUCUUCCUCGAUUCGAUGCUCGCGCAGGCGCUGGUUGGCAUGCUCAUCUGCUUUCUCACGAUGGCGCUACUGCUCUUUCUCAAGCCGUACAAGCAGUGGACAGAUACGCUCGUGUCGAGCGUCAUGCAGUUCCAGCUAUGUCUGACGCUCUUCCUCGGCAUUGUACACACUUCGGCGCCCCAGGACGGCAACGCCGAGCGUAUUGCAAUGGUGAUCCUCGGCAGCGGCCUUGCAACCGUCGUCCUUGCUGGUGUUCUUAUCGGCAAGGAAGUGCUCGACUCGUCGCGCACGGACCUCGCCGCCAUGCGGCACCGGCGCCGAGCAGCGAUUCAAGUCCAAGUGCGACUACGGUGGCAGCGUGCAUAUCGAUGGGCCUUGUUCGAGGCAUGCACGGCCGGUGUGUACCGACCACACGGCCGCGUCUGUAUUCCGGCGAUGCUGCACCUCGUGCGUGAAGCCACGUCCGAGCUGCGCCAACAGCAUCGUCGGCUCUACGACCACGACUAAUCUAACGCUCGUUUGCAAUUGCAGGAGAGUUGGGAGUUUUGUAACUCAACCUACAAAGCUUGAAUGUUGACGACGAUAACUUGCU